AUUGGGCACAUGGUUACACAUUGAUGUCUCUUUAAGAUGUUUCUAAUGGCUCUUGGAGUGUACUCGCUGUCUGCAGCCAUAGAAAAUUACAGCCUUUGAUAACAGAACCUGUGGAUGAUAGGACUGAAAAUAAAUGUACUAAAUGCAUGAAGAACAACAAUUUUCACAAACUUGUUCGAAUCCCCGCCGAUCGAGGACGGAGAGACGCGGUCUCAUUCGUGCAGUUCCCCACUUUUCUCGCGACAUGAGGAUUUGUUUCGGAAUGUUUAUAGCCUAUUACUAAUAACCAUAGCGUACCAUUUUCGACGAAUUUCCACGACAGGGACUACCCGAGUGCCCGUCGACUUGGUUUAGAAUGACAGACACGGGUUCGAUAGAAUCAUCUGAGUUUAUAAAAGAUCGAUUGUAUUUUGCAACUCUGAGAAGCAAGCCUAAAAGCACCGUCAACACACACUAUUUCUGCACGGACGACGAAUUUGUCUAUGAAAACUUUUAUGCAGAUUUUGGUCCUCUAAACCUGGCGAUGAUGUACAGGUACUGCUGUAAACUCAACAAAAAGCUGAAAUCGGUUUCCUUGUCCAAAAAGAGGAUUGUCCACUACACCAGCUUCAGUCCACACAAGAGGUCUAACGCUGCUGUCUUGAUUGGCGCCUACUCUGUUAUCUACCUGAAGAAGACCCCGGAGGAGGCUUACAGAGCCCUUUCAUCAGGGUCAGGUGCAUCCUACCUGCCUUUCAGGGACGCGUCUGUGGGAAACAGCACUCACAGCCUGACGGUCCUGCACUGCUUGCAGGGAGUCUGUAAGGCCCUGCAGUACGGACUCUUUGACUUUGGGACGUUUGACGUGAAUGAGUACGAACACUACGAGCGCGUGGAGAACGGGGAUUUCAACUGGAUCGUCCCCCGGAAGCUUCUGGCCUUCAGCGGGCCCCACUCCAAAAGCAAAAUAGAGAACGGCUACCCCCUGCACUCCCCAGAGGCCUACUUCCCGUACUUCCGCCAGCGCGGCGUGACCGCCGUCGUGCGCCUGAACAAGAAGACGUACGAUGGCAGGCGGUUCGCGGACGGCGGCUUCCGCCACUUCGACCUGUACUUCGAGGACGGCGGCACGCCCAGCGACCUCGUCACCCGCCGCUUCCUGCACGUGUGCGAGACCGCGGCCGGCGCCGUGGCCGUGCACUGCAAAGCGGGCCUGGGGCGCACGGGCACUCUGAUUGGCUGCUAUCUGAUGAAGCACUACCGCUUCACAGCGGCGGAGGCCAUCGCCUGGGUGCGCAUCUGCAGGCCCGGCUCCAUCAUCGGACCCCAGCAGAACUUUCUGGAAGAGAAGCAGGCGUGGCUGUGGGCCCAGGGGGAGGUCCAUCGCUCCAGACUGAAGCAGCUGGCGGAGAUGGGCUUUUCCCGCCUCAUAUCCGGGGUGGGGGAGCUGUCACUCAGCCCCACCCUGCACCAGUACUCUGGCUUAGGCCACGCCCAGGAGGGCAGAUGUGGUCAUGACAGCGUGUUUCAAACUCAGGGAGACAAACUCUGUUCUCGAAAGAGCAUCAGACAGACCAGGUCAUCCCCUGCAGUAGCCUUCAGGUACAGGCUGGAUGAUGUGAAAAUGCGAACCAGGUCCCAGAGUUUCAACAGUCAGAAGGGGCGACUGGGGAGCUCCACCCCUCCAUCCAGGGGGUCCAGGGUGGUCCCCGCCCCCCCCUCCCGAAGGAUGACCUCCUCCGCCUCAACGUCUGCCCUCCGCAGUUCCCUGGGUCCAACUGCCUUCAAUAACAGAGCAGCUGUACUGCACUGACACAACCAGCAGGAGGCAGUGCUGAGUCGGUCAUAUUGGGCUUACCCAGAGUACGAAGCCCCCCCCUCUCUAUCGCCUUUAACUCAGGACUUCGGCCCAUCUCCUCUGGCCCCUCCCUCAGACAGUGACCUCAGAGGGCUGGCCACGCCCACCAUCUCACUCUGUAUUGCUGAUUACAGUGGAGCACUGAUGUGUGUGUCUGUACACUUGUGUACUAUGUGUGUAUGUAUACUUGUGCCCUGUGUGUGUGUGUACACAUGUGUACUGUGUGUUUAUGUACACUUUUGUACUGUGUGUGUGUGUACACUUCUGUACUGUGUGUGUGUCUGUGUACAAUUGUGUACUGUGUGUGUGUGUGUGUGUACACUUGGGUACUGUGUGUGUACACUUGCGUACUGUGUGUGUGUGUGUGUACACUUGUGUACUGUGUGUGUAUGUACACUUGUGUACUGUGUGCAUUGUUGAUGAAACAGCUUUAAAUAAUAAAAAAUGUAUACAAGGACCAUAGACUGUAGAAAAAUAUGGACAAAUCACUGUGACGUCACCCAUUGACUCUCCAAGGGCUUGGUGAAAAGCGUUUUGAAGUCUGGGAAGUGUAGUUCGUGGGCACUGCCAUGUUGUACAGAUUGGAGCCAGAGACUGCGCAGUAGGGACAUGAAGUCCGGUUGUCCACUAGUGACGCAAAACUGUCCCUGAUUCGUCCACAAAAUAUUAGUCUUGUCCAAAUAACACAAUAACUUAACAAAAAAAAGCACAUGGAGACAUUAGACUCUAGCCUGUGUUUAUUACAGAAGAGUGUACACUAGCCUGUGUUUAUUACAGAAGAGUGUACUCUAGCCUGUGUUUAUUACAGAAGUGUACACUAGCCUGUGUUUGUUACAGAAGAGUGUACUCUAGCCUGUGUUUAUUACAGAAGUGUACACUAGCCUGUGUUUAUUACAGAAGAGUGUGCACUAGCCUGUGUUUAUUACAGAAGAGUGUACUCUAGCCUGUGUUUAUUACAGAAGAGUGUACACUAGCCUGUGUUUGUUACAGAAGAGUGUACUCUAGCCUGUGUUUAUUACAGAAGAGUGUACUCUAGCCUGUGUUUAUUACAGAAGAGUGUACACUAGCCUGUGUUUGUUACAGAAGAGUGUGUAAUAACCUGUGUUAUUUGCGGGAGAGCCUUCCCCCAAUAGAAAUAUGCAUUAUUUAUUAUUAUUAUUAUGUAUGUACUGUAAAGAAAUAUACAUGCUCUGGAGACGAUGAAGUUUUGACUUUUUGCACAGUGUGUUUGUGUUUUUUCUGCAGUUAUGAAAAAGCUUCAUCCCUUCUAUUUGCCUUAUUUGAAUCACUACAGUAAUAGAAUCUUUUGGGAAAGGACCCUGUUUUUUACACUUUUUAUCCAGCAGGUAAUUUGAACGUUUUUAAGUGUUGCUAUGGUAGCAAUGACAUGCUUUUUAGUUUGAUUUUUAGAGCAGCCCAAACCUUGAGUUGGCGAUCAAUGAUUUCCAUGGCAGUUGGCCGUCAGCUUUAAGGCGGGCGUACAUUAUACGAGUUGUGGGCUCCCGAUUGGUUUUUUUCUGAUCGGGACCAAAUCAUAAGAAAAACAUUGGGUCAUCACGUCACAACAAACGAGGUAUAAGACAGUAUUCCAAACCGGUCCGACUGGCUUACGGGCUCCAGACUGUUUUCUGACGUGUCAAAAACUAUUGGGCACGAUCGGCUUGAAUUCGUCAGGUGCAGGAGGUCAUGUGAACAAAUUCUGUGUUUCCAUUCCCGUUGACCAAUCAGGAGGUGGCUCCGUGUAUGACGUUAACGUCACCUGACCCGGUCGGGAGCUCGUGCAGUCUACGCCAUCAUGGCGCCGGCUGUCACAGUCUGAACAGCGUUAAGUGUGAGAGGGCAUCCGAUCUCCCGACAUCGUAAUCCGUGAGAAAAUCGUAUAACGUACGGCCGCCUUAUUGGGUCACUUGUGCUGACACACAAAGCCAACAAGCCCACUAAGAACCAGGCAGAAUUUUUACACUGGGGUUCUGUCUUUGUUAAAAUAAACCAUUCCCCAUUAUUUCUUUUCUGGAAAUAAAAUCUAUUAUAAGACUUUUAACAA